AUGCCUCCAAACGUAGAUAUCAAGCAAAAAUGUCCAAAAGGGGAAACAGGUAAUGCUAACAAAGUAACGUGUAAACAUGGUUUUGAUGCAUCACUGAGAGAUAUAUGCAUAAACAGUGAGAAUACUGAUUACAAAGAAUGCAAACACUAUUUCAAAACCUUUACAACUCGGGAUUUAAAUUAUGGUGGACAUCCUCUUACUGAUGAGAGUGGAUCUGAACUUUCAAAAGAUAAGACGGUCACUGAGUUAUCCGUAUACUAUAGCAAAACAUAUGACAUAGAUCCACAGCACAUAAAGAAGCCUCUUGCAUUAAGGCUUAAAGAGCGCGAUGGUAAGGUACAUUGGUAUGAAAACACCGAGGAUAUAUCUAAUGCUAGAUGGAAAGCUAUUACAGACUCUGAAAACUUCCCUCAAAUUAGCAAUAAGUCUACUGAAGAGUUUACCAAGAACCUACAUGAACUUACCUGUAAACUCCACGACCUCCACUACGUAGACAUUCGUGCAAUCACUAGUUAUAUUUGUGUGUGUAAAGCAUACAAGGUCACACUUUCUGAAGAAAAGAAAUUUACGGUAUAUACCAAAUAUGAGCACAAAUACACUAUUAACCCAGACUCCGUUAGAUACGGAAACGUUAAUCUUAAGUGGAGAAGCAGUAAUUAUGGAGAUGAAGGCAACUACGAUCCUAUCCGACUUAAUAGUGACCACAUUCACUAUCUCUCUGUAUAUUACUGGGAUGAAGACAGGGAGCGGAAGAUACCUCUACUUAUGGAAAUUGCCGCUUUAGGUAUGCAAGUUUCUAUUGCUAAUGAUGGCUAUAAUCACAAUGAGAGAUGGACCAUGAUAAGUGAUGAAGAAGGUUUGCCAAAAAUCCUUACCAAGGACGAACUGGAGGAAAAACUUAAAGAUCUCACCUGUACACUUUUCAAACCAGCAGACAGAAAUACCCUUGAGCAACAGAAGUACAUAAAUGAAUACUGUAACAAGAAGGGAUGUAAGAAUGAAUUGGAACUUAAUUUCCGAGAUGAAAAGGAAGAGAAUGAACGAGGUGAGGCCUUACCACGUGCUGAAGGACAAGUACAAGACAAACCCGAAGAUAUGGAUGAGGAAGAGGGAGGUACAUCUACAGGAAUAGGUAGUGCUGAUACUCCUAAAGGACAUACUGAUCCUGUUUCUGUUGUUAGUGAAGUUAUAGGGGAUUUUGGUAAAAAACUAUUGGGAAUUGUUGAUGGAGCUGUUGGCUCCGUACUAGAUAAAUCCGUUGUAGCUGGAUUGACUACUGCCGUUGGUACAGCUGUACUUGAUGGGCUAAAGUGUGCCAAGUUGGGAACAUCUCCUAAAGGUACUCAUCUUCCUCCUGCUGCUGGUGCCUCUGUAUCUUCUUCAGGUAGUAGAAGCCCUGGUAGUUCUGGAACUAGUAUUGGAGGAGGAACAGGCUCUGCUCAUGUUGGACAUAAGGACGAUAAAGAAUCUAUAGAGACUAUACCCAGUGGCAGGGAAGAUGCCACUUCAGUGAUUAACCCGAGUUUUAUCCUUGAGAUUACUCGUCCUCAUGCAAAUUUUAGAGAUCCCGAGGAAGAUGUGGAUGUUCCAGAGCAUCUAUACUUUCCAGAUUAUGGAGAUAAUUAUCCGGUUUCCCCAGUGGAUAUAACUGUAGAAUCAUAUUUUCCUCCAUAUGAACUUGGUAGAAAGAAUUUUGAGGAAGACGUCCAUACUAAAAAUCCUUCGGAGAACGCAGUUACCGUUGAUUUUUAUCUCCCUGAAGCCUUGGCUAAAGAAGGGAAAAUUAAAUUAGUGGAUCUAGUUUUAGAACCUCAAAUGCCAUUUGAUAUAGUUGUAUGUGAUAGGAACAUCCGGAAUCACGAAGCUAUUGUUGAUUCGGAUGAGAGUGGGACUUGUGGAGACGAUUUUACCAUAGGUGCUUCUAAUACAGAUUAUGUGAGGCACAUUGAUUUGGAAUCAACUUUCGAGCCAAUUUCUCCAUUCUUAAAGAGCAAACAGUUGGAAACAUAUGACCCGAAAAUGAUUGGAACAAAUGAAAGAAUCGAUCCUGUCUCAUAUGCUCGAUCAACUCAAGUUUCUCUUUCUGCUUCUGAUGAACCUGAUAGAGAUCCUGAAUCUUUUACUCCCUCUGAAUUGUUUCUUCCUCACCCUCCUCUUCCUGAAAGACUUGCUCAAAAAGUCUCAGUCACUUCUUCUGAAACUCAUGGUCCUGGAGUUCAACCUCAUGGAACUUCUGACUCUAACACUCCUGAAAUUAUUAAGACUACAAUCUCUGUGCCUGCUGGCAUUCUUACAACUUCUUCCUUGGCUUGUUUUGCAGGAUAUAAGUUCUAUACGAAAUAUAAUGGAGACCCCUGGGUUAGACACGGAUAUCCCAUAGUGUUUUUAAAGAAUCUACCAUAUUGA